UGCCAGAGACUGAGCGGGUUUGGAGAUUUGGAUUCGGUUUUAUCUUGACACGGACAGAUGACAAGUGGAGACUUUGGAGAUGUUAUUUGUUUGGAAGUUGGUGGAUUUUGUGAAUUGUGCUCUGUGAGAUUUUGAGGAUGAAAUUCCGCUUUUGUGGUGAUGGCGAUUGCCCUGAUUGGGUCCUUGCCCAAAUUCACUCUACUCUUUCGAAUAUCAGUUCAAUGAAGCUUGGCGUAUUGGCUCAAAUCGUAGCGGAGAACAUAGCAAAUGAGGACAUUCCAGAAGAUAAAACCAAGGACCUCACAGAUUCCAAAGCCGAUGGCAUAUUCGCGAAAUCGGCAAUUUCCUGUGUGAGAUUCCUUCUUGCAAGUGCAACCAGGAAUAAUGCUCCAGAGACCGCAUUCUGUGAGGAGUUGCAGCAACUGGGAUUGCCGAAAGAACAUUCCCAUGUUUUGUGUCGAGUUUUGGCAGAGAAAAGGCAACAUAUUCAGAAGAUUCUCUCUGAGGGGAGCCUUUUUGUGAAUCUCACGAAGGAUUUCAAAUGUGAUGUGAUCAAAUCUCGGGCGGAUUGCGCUCAGAUGACCAUAAGUAUUAAAAAUGAGAUAGUUGAUGGGGCUGAGAAAAAUACUUCGCACCAAAUUAAAGUCCGCGAUUCAGAUCUUUCUGUGCUGUUAAGUGAACUUAAAGUUGUGAAUGAUAUUAUGAAGAAUUACAAUUACGAACAGAAAUAUGCUGACUUGUAAGGAAUAAAGAAGAAAGAAAA